ACGGCCCUGCACGGAACGGCCCGGCUCGGUACGGCUCGGCACCACACGGCCCUGCACGGGACGGCCCGGCUCGGUACUGCCCUGCACGGCUCGCCCCGCUCCGCUCCGCUCCGCUCCCAGCGCCGCCGCCUCAUGGAGCUGCACGGACCCGCCUGCCCCGGCAGCGUCCUCUUCGGCUGUGAGCUGACUGCCAAUACCAAGUCCUACACAUUUCAGGUGGAUCAAGAAGAUGACUCUGACCACAUCUUAGCACUGUCUGUGGUCUGCCUCUCUGAUGGUGCCAAGGACGAGUGCAAUGUGGUGGAAGUUGUUGGGCGAAACCACGAGAACCAAGAGAUUGCUGUGCCUGUGGCAAAUCUGAAGUUGUCCUGCCAGCCCUUGCUGAAUCUGGACAACUUCAAGCUGCAGCCUCCCGUGACCUUUCGCCUGGCAGCGGGCUCUGGCCCGGUGCACCUCGCCGGCUGGCACAGGAUCAGGCACAGGGAAGAUGCUUCCUUUGAGGAUGAUGACUUGUCUGAGGAGGAUGAGGAGGAGCUUCCUCCUAUCAUGCCAGCCAAGAAGUAGAAGGAGGAAGCAGUAACUCAUCUCCAGGCCAGGUACUCACUAGGACUUCUCUCCCUGGAUGGUUUUUACCUUGGACACCUGUUGCCAGGACUUCAACAUUUGCGCCUUUUUUUUUUUUUUUAGUUUUUAAAAUGCUGUUUUAACCUUUUGGGGAGCAGGGUCUGCUCCCAGCACUGGGGUGUUUCCUUUCACACAGCCCUGGGAGGGUGAUCCCAAAACUGGAUGGAUGCUGCUGGUACAUCCCCUCUCCCCGAUCCCUGUUCUGGGAGUUGGGAAUGGAGGAGUCAAUCCUUACCCUGUGCCUUUUUGCUGUCCUGGACCUCUGCUCUGUGCACCCCCUUUCCCUGGCUGUGAAAUACUCAGUCCUGGCCCCUUCUCCAGCAGAUGGAUGUAAAGCCAGCUGUGGGGCAGGCACUUUCACUGAUUCUAGUGCGUUUGCUUUUGCUUACUCACCUUUUGGUGGUUUUUAUACACUUAGAAGUAUGAAAGUGGGGCCCAGCCUGUCUGAUAUAGGGGAGGUUCUGGGUCAAUCUGCAUUGUAAAGAGCUGUUCUUACACUCAAUAAAGAUCUCUCAGGCAUCAGGUCUGAAGAAAGGUCACUGCUGGCUGGCAGGUUCUUCCCAUGCACCGUUCAGCGGGGCAAGUUUGAGCUGUGACCUUUGCUGAGGAGUGUU